AUGACCCGAAUGGACGUAUUUAUAUGUGAUCGACAAAUGACAAGGGAGUACUAUACCGUGGAUGAUGAUCACUUGUCUUUCCGGGCCGUCAUGUCCGAGGAAUUCCAAUUCGAACAUCUCCUUCCAGGGCAGCUACACAAUGUACGCAGAAUACCCAACUCAGUCAUUGCAAAGGCCUUGAGCUGGCAGAGGACCAGGGCCAGCAAACCUGAGGACCCGUUCUUCAAGUCCUUCUCGGCCGAGUUUGUGCAUGGGUUCCAGGAAGAAACGCAGCGGUUAGUAGAGAACCAGAGCUCGGGCAUUUUUUCACUGUUCCGAGGUACUGUCCCGGCCGCAGACUCCGGAUGGAGUGCGGUGCCUUGUUUCCCACUUGCGAUCAAGGUGAUUGCACGACUUACCACGUACUCUUUGUUUGGCGAGCCUCUAUGUAGGGAUGAAGAGUUUCUAAAUAUGUGCUGCCGAUUUGGUGAUGCCAUUCCUCGGGAUGCCCUCAUCUUGCGCUCCUGGCCGGGCUGGGCAAGAGCUUCUGUCGCAAAGCUGUUGGCUGCCCCGCGACUUGUGAGGAAGCUGCAGGGCAUUUUGUACGCAGAGAUACAAAAAAGGAGAACCACCCGGGAAAAGAAUCCCAUGAAGGAUAUCCUGGACUUCACCAUCGACUGGGUUGACCAACGGGGCGAAGAAUAUGACGAUUGGCAUAUUACUGAUAUGAUGACCAACACGAUAUUUGCUGCCCUACAUACUUCUAGUCAACUAGUAGUGCAUACAAUCUUCGAGCUCGCUACACGUCCUGAAUAUGCUGACCCGCUACGAGAGGAAAUAAAGCAAUGCUUUGAGUUGCACGGCGAGGGUACUAAGAAAGCUUUAGACUCCAUGUACAAGGUGGAUAGUUUCAUCAAGGAGACGCAGCGAAUGAACCCGCUCGACGCAUCCGCGCUUGCAAGAUUAGCCCUUCGGGAUUACACCUUUUCGAAUGGCCUGCACAUUCCCAAGGGGAGCGCAAUUUUUACACCCAACGCCCCCAUAUUCCAGGACGAGAGAUUUUACCCGGACCCCGAGCGUUUCGACGGUUUCCGAUUUUCUAAAAUGAGGGAUGACCCAAAGCUCGUGUCCUCCUGUGACCUCACAUCAACCAACGAACGCAGCAUGCAUUUUGGAAUUGGGCGUCAUGCUUGCCCUGGCAGAUUCAUGGUUUCCGACGAGGUGAAGCUUGCCAUGGUGCAUCUCUUGCAAAAUUUCGACUUCUGUGUAGAAAACUUUGGUCCAAGGCCGAAGAAUAUGCCAUUUGAAAUAUUGACUGUUGAGUGA